AUGCUCAACUUACUAUAUAAGUCUAGUUACGUAUUCGUCCUAUUCUAUUAUGCAGUCAUACCGCUGGGUUAUUUAACGAAGUGGUGGGUUACAAUUGAAAAAAUGAAGGGUAACAGCACAAUUUUGGUGACUGGUGGUGCUGGAUACGUAGGAUCUCACACAGUUGUUGAACUACUAAAAAAUAAUUAUACCGUGAUAGCAUUAGAUAAUUUAGUUAAUUGCUAUGCUAUUGGAUCAGAGAAGCCAGAAGCUUUGAAAAGGGUUGAAAAAAUAACUGGGGAGACUGUUACAUUUUAUAAUGUAGAUAUCAAAGACAGAGAAGCUUUGGAUAAAAUUUUUAAAGCUCAUAGAAUCGAUGCGGUAAUACAUUUUGCUGCCUUGAAGGCAGUUGGGGAAUCCGUUAGUAUACCUUUAAAAUAUUAUCACAACAAUGUUGGUGGAUCCGCUACACUCUUUGAGGUUAUGGCUGCUAAUGGUGUCAAAAAAGUCGUUUUUUCAUCGUCAGCUACUGUUUAUGGUGACCCACAAUUCUUGCCUAUUACUGAAAACCAUCCAACUGGACAAGGGUGUACCAACCCUUACGGAAAAUCAAAAUAUUUCGUUGAAGAGGUCCUGAAGGACGUAUGCACGUCAGAUCCGGAAUGGAAAGUAAUUUUGUUAAGAUAUUUUAAUCCUGUUGGUGCUCACGAAUCUGGACUUAUUGGAGAAGAUCCAUCUGGAAUUCCUAACAAUCUUAUGCCUUACAUUGCCCAGGUAGCCGUAGGUCGCCGUGAAAAACUUCAAGUAUUUGGCAACGACUAUCCAACUCCAGACGGUACAGGAGUCAGAGACUAUAUCCACAUAACCGAUCUCGCAAUUGGCCAUCUAAAAGCGCUAAAUCACAUAUAUUCUGCUAGCUUUAAUUCGUGGAAAGCCUACAAUCUCGGAACAGGUCGCGGUUACUCUGUCCUUGAAAUGAUCCAGGCAUUCGCCGAAGCAUCAGGAAAACAAAUAAAAUAUGAUAUCGUAGAAAGAAGAGGCGGGGAUAUAGCAGAGUGCUACGCCGAUGCCACACUAGCCAAAAUCGAACUCGGCUGGCAGGCCACCAGGGACGUUAUGGCAAUGUGCAGGGAUACGUGGAAUUGGCAGAAGAAAAAUCCCAAAGGGUUUCAAACUUCUUGAAAGUUGCUGUUUUUCGUUGUGAAGCGUAGAAAGGAUACUGAAAACUUAUAGUCGUUAGGAAAUACAUAACUGAAAGUAGGAAAAUUAUCAUGGGAACAAAAUAUGAUCCAACUGCAAUGCACUAAAGGUUCGUUCAUAUUGAUGUUAAAUUAACACUUGUGCAGAGCAGAUUCUUAGCCUAGGUAAACCUAAACAACCCAUCAAAAUGUGUAAAUCUAUAAUCUUACACAUUUCAUUCCUGUUUGUUAUUCAGAUGUAGCAAGUAUCACAUCUAUGUUCGAUAAAUCAUUCCGUGAAGAUCGAGCAUUGUACAAAAAUAAUCUCUAGGCAAUCACCAUUAAUUACUGAGAAAGAAAAGGUUCAUAAGUUUAGGUCACUUAUAAUGGACAAGGGGUCUGAAAGGAAUAUACCGAUUCUUUGUUUUAUUUGGGCAUCUGUUAUUUGCAAAUAAUACAGACGAUGGUUGGUGGAUAUCUUACCGGAAAGAGUCUAAUUUAACAUCUGUAUGUAUCGAGCCUUAAGUGUAAUUAAAUUGAUAUCGAAGUUUAUUGAAAACUGAAUCUAUUGCACAAGUAUAAUGCAGCGCAGAAUAAUUAUUUGAGCAGCAAUUUUCAUUUCAAAUAACUUUGAACAAUUAUGAUUCUUUCAUUAUUAGAAAAUGAUACAAAAUUUUUCUUUAAUAUAAGCGAACACCGAUGAUGGUGAGGUUUUGCCGCUCAGGUUUUAAGAGCACCAAUUUUAACAGCAUUGGUGAAGUAAAUCGGGACAAUAAAACAGUGCCAGGCGCAAGAUUAUCUGAACAUCAUUUUAAAGUUCACAGAUGGGAAAUAGAAAGGUUAUUUAACCAAAGAAGGCUACAAUAUUCUCUACUUUACUUUUAUAAAAAUUACAUACAUUUUUCUUACUAAUUUGAAUACAAAGAAGCUCAAUUCAUCUAUUACUUUAGAACACCUUGCCCCUUUUAACUUUCGUUUAUAUAUUGUUUUACUUCACUGAGACGAAAACACUUGUAUACCAGUUAUUUAAUAUUUACCAAUACAAUUUUCCAAUCGUAUGGCGUGUGAGAGAAGUCUAGACAAAAAUACGUCAUUUGCGCAACCUCCUCAUAGUUGGCGUUUGCACUACUUUCUGUGAUAUAUUUUCAGUUCUGUAUUUCUAGAAGUACAUUAUACGUUUCAUUUCUACGUAACAUUUGAAAAAUUACUACUUAAGCAUUAUCUACUUUAUACAAAUAUAAAUUAUAUGUUAUACAAAAUAGGAAUGUGAUUUGUUAUACAUUUUUUUAAGAUAUAUUUAAAUUUACUAUUUAUUUUUGCAAGGUAUUAGACCAUGUCUCUUGAGUAAUUGUUUGAUGUGUUCAAAACGCUGAUUGUAAGAUUUAGUUUAACCCCUUACUGCAUGAUUUUUUUAUUUUUUAUAAGAAAAAUCUAUGAUUACAAACUUGACUUCAAGAUUACGGUAUAAAUAAAAAAAAAAUCCUACUUGGUUAGUUUUUUGUAUUUUUUUGUGUCAUAUAUGGCGCACUAAGCAUUAAAACAAGAUUCAACAUAUAAAAUUAAUAAAAAAAUGACGUUUAUUACUUUCUAAUUAUAAUAAGUAUUCAGUGUGAAUGUUGUAAAAACAAUUUCUAUCUUUGUUUAAGCAAAGAAAACAUUACACUUCUCGCAUUUUUUGAAGCUGUUUGAACCACAGGGAUAUUUGCAUCUUUGUCUUUCACUAGACCAUGAUGGAAGAAUAUUAUAUCCAUAUGCUCGCACAUCUUUCAUUGGAAUAUCGGUUGCUGGACCCCUUCUUUUCUUGUUUUAUAAAUUUUCCAUAGUUCCACACGGACGACUCUUUUUUGUAGUAAAACCAGCUUUAUUAACUUUGCGUAAACACUCUGCUACUGCCAUUUUGAAAGCUAAAUGCCAGAGCUAAUUUAUUAUGAUCAUUGUCACUUCUUCUCCAAUGAAUCCACGCAUUGACAGUUAUCAAAUCAAUAAUAUGGAAAAAUACAUGCAUGUACCAUUUUUUUUUUGAUCUGAGUUUGAUUUUAUAAUAUCCCAACAUUGAAUAAAGGAGAUCUACUCCCUCCCCAUAUACUUGUUGUUACAGCUUUUGGACAUGGAACCAUUAUAUGUGUCUUGUUCUUUUUCGAAAACCGUUUAACUUCAACUGUUGGCAUACUCCCAGCAUAUGUUGAUAAAAUGUUUGCUAAUUUGUUGUCGUACCAUGUAACAACAGUAAUUUUUGUACCAUCAAUUGUGGUGACCUUCUCUAUCAUAACUACCUAGUUCAGAACGCAUAUUGUGCUAUAUAUGAAAGAGAGUUUUGUACGACAGUGCAUAUUGUGACAGAUGUCACAAGAAUAUUUUUGAUAAAAAAUACCAAAAUAUAAAGAAAUUCUUUUUUGAAGGUAUAUCCUUGAUGUCGUUAUUUUUUUGUACAAAAAUAUUCAGUAGAAACUUCGAUAAUUGAAUAUCAAGUUGCAUAAUUCUUAUGAACAGCUGUCAAACCGCGGCCAUUUGAAAAUUUUCACAAAACUUCCCUUUGUUGCAUUGAGAUGGCGCUUUAUUACCGAUAUGCUCCUUAUGGACAUGUCAUACAUAAAUACUUUAAAAUAAGAUUCGAUCUCGAACGGUUAUGUAUAAAACUAAGUAUUGUGCCAUAUAUGACCCACUAUGCGGUAAGGGGUUAAAGUCACUCCUCAGAAGUAAUUGCAACUAUUGUUUAUUUCAAACUAGUGUCCUCUUGGGUGAUAUUAUGACCAUUUAAGUGGUUAAAAAUCGUGAUCGUGAAGUUCAUCCAAUAUAUGGUGUUUCAAACAAGCACAUGCAGAUAAAUUGCGAAUAGAACAGUAACCCAUUCUAAAUGUCAUCCUUUUAAACCCCCUAGAUUUUUGUUUUCUCCAUAACUAAAUGAUUUUCCGUGUCACGGGUCAUGUUAGAGCAAAAAAGAAGUACCGCUGUCGAUUUCCAGUAUAUUAUCAGUCUUAGAGGCGACAGAUUUUUGGCAUUGUCAAAGUCUGUUUUCCUCAAAAUUAAAAACAUCUUUGGCUUAAUAAUCCUUAGAUAAUUUAUGCUAAUUUUACUUUGUUUUCUAUAACACUUGGUCCACGUGAGCAUUCACAAUUGCCAAUUUGCCAUUUUUUUACUAGAUCAUCGUCAAGCAGUAUUUUCUUUUCAGAAAACCCCUGAAUUAUUUAUGUUUUUUUUAAGCAGUUUUGGGCAACUUUACUGAUCUUGAAUGGUACAAAGCAUUCACAUCUUUGUGGUAAUCACGAAUUUCAAUUAAACUUUACUUAAACUACUUGGUAUGAAAAAAUAGUCGAAUAAUUUAUUAUUUGUCACAUAAUUAGAAAUAAACUACACAUUUAUAAAUAGACAGGGUCAAAUUAUCUUCAACACAUUAAGCCAACCUGCAUAUCAAAGCAAAGGAAUAUUCCAAAUCAAAAAAUGUUUUUUUGUAGUAAUUAAAUUAGUGUGAUUUCAAAUUUUGGAUUAGUUUUAAAUGAAAGUGGUUUUAUAAUUUGCCAGUUAUAUAUAUUUAAUGUUAAAUAAUGCAGUAUCUCUAUUGCGUUUGUUCCUCACAUUCCGAACUGUGUGUUUUACAUAUUGUUUUAAGUAUACCUACAUUUGCAACGGACACAACUUUUCAAAUUAUGAAAGAAAUAUUUUACUUCUAUCUAAUUUUAAUCAAAAUGUAUUUUUAUGUUCCUUGUUAUGUCUCACUGGACUACAUUUAUGAAUAGUUCAUUUAAUUCUACUUAAAAAUAGUUUUUCCAAAAAUUUUCGUAUUUGUAUAAAUGAUAAGUUUGAAUUGUUUUAUAAUGUAAAUUUGUAAAGUAUUUAAUUACUUUAAAAUACAAAUUUUGUUACAAUAUUUUUUAGAAAAUUUAUUUCUUCGUAAGGUCUUAUCAGUUAUAUAUCGUUGGCAAUCAUCUUCCAAAAAGAAUUGCAGUUUUUUUUAAAAACUUUCCUCUAGUUAUCUUCUACUCUGUUUUAUAGAGUUAUUAAUGUUCAUAGGUCUAAAUAUACUUGGUUAGACCUCAAGAGAUGCAUACACAACAGAUACACCUUGACACGUUGCACAGUUUAGUCUACUCCUAAUGAUACAUUUUUAACAGACGUUUAUUUUUAUGCUAGUAUUGUAAUAGGUACAAUAAAACAUUACAUUGCUUUAAUUUGCCAAAUAUUUUCGUUGUCAAUUGCUAAUUACCAUUAGAUUAAUAAAUAAUGCAUAUAAAUAUACAGAAAAUGUCUGACUUUAUAAUAAAAAUUAUUAUUAAUUUAGAAGAUAUUUCAUCGGGUGGUUCCUUUAAUUACCCAACUUAAUCUUCCAAUUUGUACAUCUUAUGAGAUUCGUAGUGAUUAUGAAUGUUGCGAUUCUUUCUUGGAUCGUAUUACUUAUUACGAGGUAUAUUUUAUCGGAUAAUUCCUUUAACGAUCCAACUUAUCGCAUAGAACUUAGAACCUUCCUCCAGUCUUCUGGAACCUUUGUAUAGGAUUUUUGUUUAACAGUGUUCAUAUUCCAAUCGCAUUCCAUGUAAGAGUGUCCCCUAAUGGAAAUAUCGUCUUAACUGUUUUAAAACGUUUAUUUUUUGUUACCAGAUAAAAACCGGAUAAAUGUAUAAUUUUUAUUUCGACCCGCAAAUGAGUCGCAAAAUAAACAGAGUUCUUGCACUCCAAGGGGCAAAAUUUUAAAAAGAAAAUCUGCGCCUUUUUUGCCACAGACUCAUCAUAUUUAAGUCUUUUGCACAAAUAAUUUGGCCCAAGCUCGUGAGACGCUGCUCGCAUAUCUCUUGAUAGUCGCUUUCCAUUAUUUUUAAAUACAGGUACACAAAAAACUGACAACACGCUCUCGACAACACAAAGAAACAGCUUUAUUGCUGAACAACAACUAACAGACUGACAAGUGUACAACACAAGUCCUGGUAACGGAUUACUACAAUAUUAUUUGACUCACGGGGUUCUUCCAUAUACGCGCAUUGACUGACGGGGUUUUUCCCCAAUGCCGCAUAUUUUCUAACGUGGAUUUUAGUAGAUCGACGGUGUUUUAUACAAAAGCUAUUCGUUUGUAGCCACUGAAUAGCGUCAUCAACCCAUUUCUUGAAAAAAAUUAACUAAAGGUGUUUUUCCCCUGUGCCCUUCAUAUGUUAGUUGUUAUUUAUAUACUAGUUCGAGUUUCGAGCUGUAAUAAAUGAAAUUAUGAUAUUAACAAUAUCAUUUUUUUUUUAAUUUAAACUUAUCUUUAAUUACAAAUGUUUUACAAAUACAACUAUUUCAUAAAAAUUGUCCAGAGGGGAACCAGUGUUAAAAAUACUAUUAUCUACCUAUUUAUACUAUUUAUUGUUGUAACAUAUCCUGUGUGUAUAUACAAUCGACAUUUUUAACUUAUUGCCUAUCAUGAAAUUGAUUUAUAAAACUUGGAGUUUUUUCACUGAUUAUAUUCAAAAUGAUUUAAGCUGCAAUUAAAUGUGUGCCUUUUUAUGAUGAUUAAUAUACUUACUCUGGUAAAAUCUACUUUAAUAUGGUGCUUAUGAUUAUAUACUUAUGAUGUACUUCUUAUUUUACCUGAUUUGUUGGAAACUUUCAUCAAAAAUACCCUUAAAUUUUUUUGUUUUUCAUAUUUGUUCGUAUAAAGCUUAAAUGUAUCAACAAAACUCAUGUAAUGUUUGCCUAAAAUAGUACAUAGUUGCCAACGAGCAUACAUUUAUUGUACAUUGUUACAUAUUAAUAUUUACAAAAAAGUUGUGGAGCCAAGGUGAGGAGGAGAAAUAAAGGGAUAGUUUCUUAAACUAAUACACUUUCAAAUCUAACUAAAAAAUUCUUAUAUAUGUUUAAACAUCUUUUUUAUAAUCUUCAUAAAAUGGUUGUAUAACUCUCGCAAGUCGUUGUAGAGUAAUUGCUAUAUUUUUUUCAACCAGAUUCUUCCUGUCUAACUUUUAAGUUUACUUCAGCAAUUAAUGCGAUACUUACAGAUCUACCAUUUGUGUAUUUGUCAAACCCUGUCAUUAUUUCCAUGUUUUGUGUUCCUGUUCAUGCGUUUUGGUCUGCCUAUUAUGCACCAUUAAUCUGUGAUAUAAUCACAGAUUAAUAUCACUUUCGAACCGUUGGGCCUUAACCAAUUCAUUGGUUUUAGACCUCCUUUGAUAAGUGAUACAAUAAUAAUGUUAUGUAUAUGAGUGGGAUUCUGGGAGGCAUUGUACACCUUGUCAAUUCUUCAUAUUACCUAUUUUUUGUAUACAUUCUUUCUAAUCUGAAUUAAUAUCAUUAUGCCUAAAUAUUUUUGUUUAAAACAGCCUAGUUGUUACUUGAGUAACAGUGUAUUGUUUUACCGACUCACAAUCUCAAUAAAUUUCAUAAUUUUAUGAUAAGAGUCAUCAUUAGGAUAUCUAAAACACGUAUAUUGCGUAAUUCAAAUUAAAAGUAGAUUUUAGUACAUAUAUAGAUCUAAUAAAUAUGUAUUACUCUGUUUAAAUCAUUUUGAAACGAAAAUUCUUCGAUUUUGAUCUAAUAAAUGUUAACUUUGUAAAUGAUAUUUAAAAAAUAAUGUAGACACAUUUCAAAAAAUGUCUGGCGUACAAAGUAUACAAAUAUAUUAUUUUUGUAUCAGCA